ACUUUGUGUAAGCAACUAGCAACACUGGGGAAUAGUGACUUGUCAAAAUAUUUGAUUUGCCUGGAAUUUUAAAUAAUUUUUAAUAAAAUGGAAGAAAAUAAAACUAUCCAAUCCAGUGAAUAUCAAAAAUCCAACGAGGAUAAAAACUCUAAAAAGAAAAACAAAAACAAAAAAAAGCGUAGUGGCGGUGAUGGAGAUACUCAAAGUUCGGUUACUUCCGAUGCAUUAGCGCUGCCAAAUUCUGGGGAUAUUCAUCAGAACAUCUCUUUAAAAGAUCUUAAAAUGGCAAUGGAAGUACUUAAUCUGCAGCAAAAGCCAGCAAAAACAACGGAAGAAGCUUUACACAAAUCAUAUCAGUUCUGGUCCACUCAACCUGUUCCAAAAAUGUACGAGAAAAUAAUUACCAACGAACCUAUUGAACCGCCAAAGACUCCUGAAGAAAUAAGAUCAGAGCCUUAUACAUUGCCCGAUGGCUUUCAGUGGGAUACUUUAAAUUUAAACGAACCACUUGUACUGAAAGAAUUGUACACUUUGCUUAAUGAAAAUUAUGUUGAAGAUGAUGAUUGCAUGUUCCGCUUUGAUUAUCAAACAGAUUUCCUGAAGUGGGCACUCCAGCCUCCAGGUUGGAGGAUGGAGUGGCAUUGUGGAGUGCGUGUAGUUAAAUCUGGUAGGUUAGUAGGUUUUAUAUCUGCUAUUCCGGCCACAUUGAGAAUUUAUGACCAUACUCAGACUGUUGUAGAAAUAAACUUUUUAUGUGUUCAUAAGAAACUACGUGCUAAGCGUGUCGCUCCUGUGCUCAUAAGGGAAAUAACGAGAAGAGUUAACUUGACAGGUAUCUUCCAAGGUGUUUAUACAGCAGGAAUAGUCUUGCCCAAACCAAUUGCAACUUGUCGUUAUUGGCACAGAUCUUUGAAUCCUAAAAAGUUGAUUGAUAUCAAAUUUAGCCAUCUGUCUAGAAACAUGACAAUGCAGCGAACUCUUAAGCUUUUUAAACUUCCUGACUUACCAAAGACACCAGGAUAUCGAAAAAUGGAACCUAAAGACUCUGACAAAGUUGUUAAACUUUUGAAUGACUAUUUACUCAAAUUUGAUUUGGUACCAAUAUUCUCUGAAGAUGAUUUUAAACAUUGGUUUGUUGCACAGGUGGGAAUUAUUGACAGUUUUGUGGUGGAAGCAUCUGAUGGCUCUAUUACUGACUUUGUAAGUUACUACACUCUUCCCUCUACUGUAGUUUAUCAUCCUGUACAUAAAACCUUAAAAGCCGCUUAUUCAUUUUAUAAUGUAUCUACCAAAACACCCUGGGUUGAUUUAAUGCUUGAUGCAUUGAUUACUGCAAGAAAUUCCGGGUUUGAUGUGUUUAAUGCUCUGGAUCUUAUGGAUAACAAAGAAUUUCUAGAACCUCUUAAAUUUGGUAUAGGUGAUGGUAAUUUGCAGUACUAUUUGUACAAUUGGAGAUGCCCUAGCAUAGCGCCUAACAAAAUUGGGUUAGUUCUACAGUAAAAAAUAUGUGAUAUAAAUAUUAUUUUGUGACUUGGCUUCAUACUAUUACUGGUAUUUUUCACAUGUAGUGUUUCAUUAUUUUGAAAAUAUAAUGUUAGCAUUAAAAGGUCUAAUAAAUUAUAUAUUAUCCUAAAAACU